GAGUCAUCCCGACGGCAUCGACUUGCAGGAGAAGCACUUGGGGAGCCAUUUGUUGACCCAUCCACAUGUUGGUGAUACAAGUGGAAAAUGCUGGAGACAAGAUGAUGAAAUGUCGAAAUUCACCAUUCUCCCUUCCUAAUUUCCAAGCUUCCCUCUCCGAUAGACCUAAAUGUUUCUACCCUUCCCAAAUCUCCAAAAUUCAUUCAAACCCAUUUGAACUCAAAAACCCAAAAUUCAAAAACCCAUUUGACGCCAACCCCACUUGGUCUCUCCACUCCGUCAAUGACAGAGGGUUUCUCGUAGCUACCCAGAGCCCCGCUUGGUCUCUCUUCUCCGUCAACGACAAAGCGUUUCUCGCAGCUAAUCGCAGCCCUGCUUGCUCUUUCCUCUCCGUCAACAAUAGAGGGUUUCUCGUAGCCGACCGCAGCCUCACUUGCUCUCUCCUCUUCGUCAACGACAAAGGGUUUCUCGUAGCUGACCGUAACCCUACUUGCUCUCUCCUCUCUGUCAACGACAGAGGAUUUCAGUGCUUAGUAGUAUCUCUUGGAGUUGCUAACAGAGAGUCACAAGCUUAGUCCUUUUAUGCUUGUGCUCCCACAUACCCAUCAAUUGUUGAAUCAGGAGUUGGAGUACUUAAAUGACAUUAUGGGAUCAUUACUAGAAUUUUUCAAUUUCUAAGGUGGGGUAGAUUGUAACCACAUAUUUUUUCCAUGUUUAUGUGUCCUUAUUUGUUAGUCUAAACUUCAUUUCUUCUAGCCAUUUUAGGUGUCUCUUAUAUAUUUGAGUUAGUCUAAACUUCAUUUCUUUUAUUUCUAUAUCUGCUUAUCAACUUCAAAUGGAUUUGGUGUUGGAGUUUAUGUUUGAUUUUGAGGGCUAGCUACUAGGGUUCAACUAUGUUUCCUUCUUUUUUAUUUUUUAUUUUUGGUUUGCACUUUCCCAUUUUGUAAUAAGAAAUGCGUUUCUUUUCUGCAUCUUAAAUCAUCUUGUAAUCUUGCACUUUGUAUCUUCUAAACAAAGGGUGGAUGCAAAUGGUUUCCUUAUCCAUACAACAAAGCAGAGAAAAUACCAACAAAAGUGCCUAACCCCUAUUAUUCUUCACCUGAUUCAGAGCAAAAAUGGCUGAAGCUAUCAAGUGCUUCUUUAUGACUAAGCUCCAUCCUCAAUGCUCUCCCCAUCCCACCCAAUCCCACGUUCCCUCAUCUCCCAAAUUGGAGACUAGUGCAAUUUGUUUUUCGGAACUCUGUUUUACUUUAUGAAAAUAGAGCAAAACAGAGACAACUUUCAGGAAACAGAACAAAGACCAUCCUGAUAAACCAAUCAAUGGUUAAGUUAAUUUUGAUUAAGAGCAUUAGUGAGUGAUUAGGUUAUGAGUAAUUUGUAAGUUAUAAAAGUUAAACUUGAUU